AUUUGGUCGCGCAACCGAAAUGGAUCAUAAGUGGUUUUAUAUUUGUGUAGCUUUAAUGCUAGCGAUAUUGGGAUCCCCUGUGAGAGCAAACGAAGCUGCUCAAGAGGAUGAGCCAAAGCAAGCUGAUGGCAUGGGAGAGUUUUGUUAUAGAACGAUUCUUAAUGCGGAGAAGAUGAAAAAGGAGAUGGCAGUUAAAGAUAGGCAGAUUGUGCAGUUGCAGUACGAUAUAGAAAAACUUAUAUUGGGUAAAGCAGAUAAUCAUUGGAAGGAUGAACUCCUUCAGUCCUAUAGAUAUACAAUUAACACUCAAAAUGCGACUAUAACCGAGUUAAAUAACCGAAUUGUUGAUCUUAAGAUCGUUAAUCAAAUUGCCAUAAAUUUUGAAACAAUAAGAGGCGAUUUGGGUCGCUUAUCGUAUUUGGACGAUCAGCAAUUUAAUGAUUCAGUUAAAUUUCAAUUGGCGAAAGUAGUCAAACUUGAAUCAGAUGUAGAAACUAUUACAAUAAAGCUUCGGGAGUGUCAGAAUUUAACCACGGAUACAACCAUUAAAGAGAUUGAGAGAAAAAUCGUUGCUGACGAGCUGUUGGAAACUCAAAGUCGACUUUCAGAGUGCAAUACAAAGCUUGAUAAUCAAAGAAAAGCAACGAGAUGUAGCUCUUUUGGCUAUGAAAACGGUAUACACGAAAUUCAAUUUCCUGGUAUGAGUCCAAUUUCCGUACUGUGCAAUGGAGAAAUUGCAGGUCCUGGUUGGAUUGUCAUUCACCAAAGAUCCAUUGGAGAUGUUGAUUUCUUUAAAACUUGGAGUGAGUACAAAGACGGAUUUGGCAACAUGGACGGAGAUUUCUUUAUCGGAUUAGAGAAGCUGUAUCGCAUUACUAAUUAUGAGCCUUACGAACUCUAUGUACAAUUGGAGAAAUUUGACGGUAGUUUCAUGUACGCGCGUUAUGACGAUUUCGUUAUUGGCAACGAAUCGGAAAAGUAUGCAUUGAAAAGCCUUGGUAAAAUGACUGGAACUGCAGGUGACUGGCUCAGAAAUCAAGAAAAUAUGAAAUUCUCAACAUUGGAUCAAGAUAACGAUGAUUGGACCGAUGGAGAUUGCGCCAAUAAAUAUCAGGGUGGCUGGUGGUACAAAGAAAUUUCGGGAAGUAAUCUUAAUGGCAAAUUAUUAAAAGAAGAACAAGAAUCGGAUCAAGCCAUGCACUGGGGAGAAUCCAUUGCCCUGAAGGCUGCGAAAAUGCUCAUCCGUGCCAAAAACUAAGCGAAUAUACAUUAAUUUGUUUUGCACUAAAUUGGCAAUUUUGAUUGAACAGGGUAUUCAAAAAUGCAUACAUUAAUCUUUAGUGUUUAAGCUUACGCAACAACAUCUUACCCAAUCAGCAAUACGUAUCUAUGUCGAAUCUGAUAAUAGUUGUAUGGUCUACUAUAAAUACCUCAUAAUAAAGAACAUUUCUAACACUUAGGUGCAGUUUGUGAUUUGGGAUCGAGUAGUUUAUUGCAAAAUGUAUUUGGCUUUAAUAGUGGCUUUAAUUGGAUCCCGGCUGGUUGCCGUCAGCAGCCAGCAGUGUAUGAAUUUAGAACUGAAGAUAAAACAAGAUCUAAUACUGAUUAGUCGUCUUGAAGAAAAAUUAACCGAUCUUGAAUGGAAACUAGCUGAAAACAUAUACAAGGACGAAUUAAUAACGUCAUUAAAUCAAAAAAUAGAUUUCCUUACAAAAAACAAAGAAAACGAUUGCAUCGAAUCUAAUAUAAAAUUAAAAAGCGACGUUGAAAACUUAAACAUUGAAAUUAGCAGCUGUAAAAAUUCAAGCACAACUAUUGAAAAGAGUCUUAAAGAGUGUCAGGAUUACGUGUACAAAUUCCACAUAAAGCAAUCCACCGCGAUUAAUCCACCAAGCAAUGUGGAGGAGCCUACCACUUUACGUACUACAAUUAAACCCACAAUUAAAACUCCUACAACAAUAAAUCCAAUUCUGGACGGGCAAAAUACAGAAAAACCCACAGUUAACGCGAUUACUACAAUAAAUCCAAUUAUUGACGUGGCACCUACCAAUCCACCAAUAAACAAUGAGAACAAUCCAAAUCACGAGGAUGUUAGUACUUCAAGUCAAUCAAGUUGUAUGCCUUAUGGAUAUUCUACAAGUAUUCGAUAUAUUUACCUUCCCGGAGUACCACGAUUUGCUGCUCUAUGCGAUGGUAGUACAAAUGGACCCGGUUGGACUGUCAUCCAGCAUAGAUACAAUGGUGAUGUCGACUUUUAUAGAAGUUGGAUGGACUACAAACAUGGUUUUGGCAAUCUAAACGGCGAGUUCUUUAUCGGACUGGAGAACCUUUAUCGAAUGACCAAUAAUGAGCGAUAUGAGCUCUAUAUACACCUGGACAAUCCCAAUGGUGGUGAACCCCUCUGGGCGCGUUAUGAUUACUUUCAAAUUGGAAGCGAAGCUUCAAGGUAUGUUUUAAGAAAUGUGGGUAAAAUGACAGGUACAGCUGGCGAACGGUUGGAAAAACAUGUGAGAAAACCAUUCGUAACAUACGAUCAGGAUGAUUACUGGGAAAAGGAAAAUUUAGCUGUUAAAUAUCAUGGUGGUUGGUGGUAUACGACAGAUGAAUUAUCUACAAGUAAUCUUAAUGGAAGAUAUUUCCAACACAGUGUCGAUGAUUUGGAAGGAAUACAUUGGGAAUCUAAUUAUUCGCACAAAAUGGUGAAAAUGAUGAUACGCCCAUACCGUCCUUAAAUGUUGUUAAACUGUAAAAACUAUAUACCUCCAUUCAUGCUGUCAUCCGGUGUAUAAUGUCAUUAUUCAAACGAUGGCAUUGUACUUAAUCACAAUAAAAAUAAAUAUUAUACAGCAAA